GCUCCUGCGAGGGGCAGCGGCACGAGCCGCUCGCGAUGAUGGCUACUGCGGAGCUGCUGCUGUGGGGGAGCCUCUCCCCGGCCGCCGCCGCCAGCUAAGCGCCGAAGGGCGCCAUGGAGCCCGCUGGCCUCGGGGAGCCGCCGAAUCUGAUGCAGUUCCUGCGGAAGCUCAAGGAGGUCUUCGAUGUGUGCGAUGAGGACGCUGACGGCUUCAUCCGGGUGGAGCACUUCGUGGCCCUGGGGCUGCAGUUCGGCCAAGAGGAGGAGGUGGAAAAAUUUGCCAAAUAUUUGGAUCCAAAUGAUUUGGGCAAGAUCAAUUUCAAAGAUUUCUGUCAUGGAGUGCUUGCAAUUAAAGGCUGUGAAGAGUUACUGAAAGAUGCGUUGUCUGUUGAAAGCCUUGGGCCUCGGCGCUAUGAGACAGAGUACGUGGAUUACUACUACCAGGGUACUGAAAUCCAAGGCAGCAGCUAUUUGGACAACGAAGGUGUGUACAGCGAAUCGGAUCUCUUUCCCGAUGAAGACAACAUGACCCUAGCCCAGCAGGAGGUCCACCAUGAGUCUGAUAUGGACAGUGCCAUUGGGAGUGCCCACAGCUCCGAGGCUUCAGAUGUGUGUAGGAGUGAGGAAAAGGAUAGUGUACUGGGUGGCCUCUUCCUGCCUGGAGACAAGUCAGGUCUUCUCAACCCUUCUGCAGCAUCUGACCUUUCUACCUAUUCCACUGCUUCCUUGAUUAGUAACGAAGAGCAGUUUGAGGAUUAUGGAGAAGGAGAUGAUGUGGACUUCACUCCCAGCAGCCCAUGCCCCGAUGAUGAAAGUAGAACAAAUGCUUACUCAGAUCUCGGCUCAUCUGUUUCUUCCAGUGCUGGUCAGACCCCAAGAAAAAUGAGGCAUAUCUACAAUAGUGAGUUGCUGGAUGUCUAUUGCACUCAGUGCUGCAAGAAAAUCAACCUGCUUAAUGACUUAGAAGCCAGACUGAAAAACCUGAAAGCAAACAGCCCAAACAGAAAAAUAUCUAGUACAGCUUUUGGAAGACAGCUCUUCCACAACAGUAACUUCAGCAGCAGCAAUGGCAGUACAGAGGACUUGUUCCGAGACAGCAUAGAUUCAUGUGAUAAUGAUAUCACAGAAAAGGUGACUUAUUUAGAAAAAAAAGUGACAGAACUGGAAAAUGAUAGCAUGACAAAUGGUGACCUGAAGAGCAAAUUGAAACAGGAGAACACACAGCUAGUUCACAGAGUUCAUGAAUUAGAAGAACUGUUGAAAGACCAAGAGGCAUCAGCUGAACAGACUCUGGAAGAAGAGCUAAGGAGGCACAGAGAAGCAUACAGCAAAUAUGAAAAGGAGAAGAGCACUGAAAUUGAGCUGCUCAACACAAGGGUUCAACAGCUUGAAGAAGAAAACUGUGAGCUCACAACUACUGUUUUACGACUGAAAUCACAAACUGAGAGGCUAGAUGAGGAAAGGCAACGAAUGUCUGACAGAUUAGAAGACACCAGUCUGCGGCUCAAAGAUGAGAUGGAUUUAUAUAAAAGAAUGAUGGACAAACUCAGAAGGAAUAGACUGGAAUUUAACAAGGAGAGGGAGGCAACUCAGGAGCUUAUUGAAGAUCUACGAAAGGAGUUGGAGCACCUGCAGUUGUAUAAACUUGAGUGUGAGCGGCCAGGUCGUGGGAGAAGCUCUUGCUCUAGCUUGAGUGAAUUCAAUGCAAAGGCAAGAGAAGUGGAAAUGGAGCAUGAAAUUAAACGCCUAAAGCAGGAAAACCAGAAACUUCGUGAUCAGAAUGAUGACCUUAAUGGGCAGAUCCUUAGUCUUAGUCUUUAUGAGGCCAAGAAUCUCUUUGCAACCCAGACAAAAGCCCAGUCGCUGGCUGCCGAAAUUGACUCCGCCUCCAGAGACGAGCUCAUGGAAGCCCUUAAAGAACAAGAGGAGAUAAACUACCGAUUGCGCCAAUAUAUGGACAAGAUUAUCCUCGCUAUUCUAGACCAUAACCCAUCCAUCCUGGAAAUAAAAAACUGAAGACCCAGAACCAGAAAGGAAAAAAGCAGAGACUUGUACCUCUUACAAUGCUGCUAGAUCCAAACAUCACUCUGCUAUUGUAAAUAAAUAAAACUAUAAAUAUAUAUAUAUAUAUCAUAUAUAUAUUAUAUAAUUUCUGUGGAUACACAGGGCGUGUUUAUAUGAGGUUUGGUCCACUUGGUCUGUGAAUCCUAAUUUGGCUGGGUCUGUUUCUCAUGCACUUUCACCACUUUGGGGGAAGGGAUACUGUUACUGGAUUGUAAUGACAUAAUUGUGUAACUGGAUUUUGCACUGCUUUAGAUACUGGACAGAAAUGACACUACCUCUAGCUGCAAGGUUAAAUGACAAUGGAAAACUGUUUAGUGCCAAUCCCCUUCCUCAUCCAAAACAAAGCUGAGUUUCUUCCUUUUGGUCUCAUCUCAUCCCACAAAUGUGUUGCAUGUCCAGGUUUAAUUCUCUGGUGCUCACUAUAUUGUGUUAAGGGUUUUGUUGUUGCUGCUGGAGUUGUGCUGCUGAAGAAAAAACAUUGUGUGCUUCUUCCAAAAGAAGAGAAAAGAUUUCAGAUAAUUAUUUUCUUUCUCCCAUCUUCCCACACUCCCUCCCCUUCAGCAUAAAGCACUUUUCAUUCCAGACUGAGCUGGUUAUCUUUUUGAAUGGUUGGCAGUCUGUGGUACACAUAUUGUAUGUACAAGUAUGCAUAUGUCAACAUUCUCCUGGGCCUUGCAGCUGCAAAAUCUGUUCUCCUUAUGUUUGGCUUCAUGUUUUAUUACUGCCCUUCCUGAGAUCAAGAUCUCUGAUCCUUACAGAGAUCAAGUUCUUAACUGUGUUAGGAAACAACUUCAGACUAUCCCUGCCUCUGGGGAAACUCUUUCCAUUGUGACGACAAGCUCAGGCACUCCAUUUGAAAUGUGGAAUGGACACAGGGAACCACAUGGGUGUGCUCUUGGGGCUAAAAGUUUGCCAUUGUAGAGGCUCUGUGCGGCCUUCUUGACAAACAGAAAUUGGCAGAGGAAGCUGUCAGUAUUUCCCCUGGCAUCGUUGUUUGUAUGUGACAAAGCCAUUAAGGCACAAUUUUUAAUUAAAAAGAAUUGGCACUCCUAAACCUACCCCUUGAUUUAGCAAGUGGUCAGAACCUUUCAGAUGGUCUGUCACUGUCUGCGUUGUAGAGCAAGGUUAAAAUUCCUCUCUGAAGCUUGGGAAGUGUGUGUUCAUACGUCACAAAAUGUAUUCAGCAUGGUCACUCUGGAGCUCAGGGUUUGGGUUUUGUGCCAUUGAAUAGUUGGUCAGGGGCUGGUCACUUUAGAAAAAUCAGCAGUGAUCACCUGUACCAACUUGCAUAGUCAUCAGUAGUUAUUGAGAGGGCUGCUGUGGGCUGUGCCAUCUAAGAGAGCUGGGUAUUGCUUUUGUUCUUCUUUUGUCACUUUAUGUCUUUGUUUUUAAUCCCAUUCAUUGGGAAUUCCCUUCACCUAUCACCUAAGGACACUGUAAGAAAGCUGGUAGGGAAAUGGCGCUUUCUGUGUUGGCUGGUGGGAAGAGCAAUUUUUGUCUUUUUCUGUUAAGAAAGACCUUGUAAGGGCCAUUCCCAAUAUGCUUCUUUAUCCAGCAUGGAAUGUACUUUUGUAUAGGAAAAAGCAUGUAAUCUGCUGUUAAACUUUCGUAUGGGUAAUUGCACAUACAUAUGUGUCUGAGUAUGUGAUCAUUAAACAUGAAGAAUGAUCUGCAUGUGGGCUUCAUGCUGUUCCCUACACUAAAGUGCUUCACAUGUAGAAAAUGCAUAAUGUGUAAUGCAGCCAUAAAACUUAAGGACACCUGAAUCCAUGAUCAAGUACUGCAUUUCCCCCUUACCUACCUGAUUGCAAUGCAGUUCCAAGUUAAAGCAUUCCUUGUUUUUAAACAUUCACUAAGUCAAUUGUAUCAUUAAUCCUAAAGCUAGGAACUACAGCUACCAAAAAUAAAUCAGAAGAUCAAAUAUGCUGGCAUUAAUCAUUUUGAUCUCUUAUUCUACAUAUUGGAAAAAUAACAGGAAUUAUUCCAAAUGACAUUU